AUGGGUACCCAAGGCCUGCUGCAGACUAUGCCAGAAUUGGGACGUGAGAUGAGGUCUCUGGCGGAGGUGGAGGUGCUAGCGCUGCCAGCGGCUGCUGCGUCUGGGCAAGAGCCUACCACUGAGGUGGUGCUGGAGACUGUGCCAGAGGUGGAUGUAAGGGAUGUGACUGAUACUGUACUGGUAGCUGAGGCUGCGUCUGGUACUGAACCAGUGGUUGGGGUUGCAAAUACUGGACUAGGGGUUGAGGCUGCAGCUGAUACUGGGUCCCACAACAGAACUCUAUGGUACCAUGAGGGAACUGGGAUGCUCUUGUUCAUACAUGCCAUAAGCAGCAGCUGCAGGGGGAGCUAUCCUCUGCUGGCAAUGCGAAGAUUGGGCUCUCUGCCCUCCUCGAUGAGUCCCAGACUGACUGAGCUGAACUCCAUCGCCUCGACUUCUGAGGCUGACCAGAUGCCCCAGAAGUAUCCUGACCUGGCUGAUUGUGACCACUCUGCUGUUGUCCGGUCGCCUGACUGGGCCACACUCAGAUCAGUCUCUCCUUGGAAUAGUGUGAAUCGACUCUUCAUAGACUCUGCCAAUGCUGGGAUCCGGGCUCGUGCUGCAACAAUAUCUGGGAGGUGGGUAGGGAUCGUCGCGGGAACUAGCGGAAUCCCCGAAGCUGGUGGUGCAGGUGGUGGUAUCGUAAAUGGAGCAACGGGUACCGCUGGUACGGGUGCUGGGUAUAUUAUAGGCACUGGGGGCACGGGUGGCGCUAGUGCUAGGUACAUGGUAGGUCCAGGUGGUGAUGGUGCCGGGUACACCGCAGGCUCUGCUGGUGGAGGUAUCGGGUUUGCCAUGGGUGGUACAGUGUGUACGGUAUGGGUGGGUACCUCCAACGAAGCCAUCGGAGUUUGA